AUGGGAUUUUCCCAUUUGGCAACAAAAAAUGAGGGAAUCCUUGUUCAACAGAAAGUUUCAAAGGCUAUAACUGGUGAUUUUCCUGCUACUAUGACUCGUGAUCAAAGAACUGAAUCUGAUGAACUUGCCUAUACUUCUAUUAUUCUUCAUUUGUCUGAUCAAGUAUUGAGAAAAGUUGUUAUUCUUCUGAAUGCCAUAUCUAAGGUUUAUAGAGAUGUCAAGUCUGCCAUUAAAUAUGGCAGAGAUACCUUGACCAAAAUUGUUAUAAAUUCUUUAAGAAGUAAAGAAUUAGAGUUUAGAAUUGAUAAAACUGGGAAGGAAUCAGAUAGUUUAUUUGUGAGAUAUGGGUCCAUUACUAGGCAAGUGAAUGGUCAGGGGUGCACCUUCCAUAUGACCUCUAGAAGACCUUGGUUAGAAGACUAUAAGGAUCUUGAUGGUACCAAAAGAAAUGGUAUAUAUGUCACUAGAGUCAGUGUUGUUCUGAGUCACACUGCUGAGUCCUCCAGUGCUGAGAGUGAUGCCACCCUGAAAUGGUAUAACAGACUAGCACAUGUGUUUCAAAAGUUUUUUGGGGAUGAGGUUGUUAUGACAGCUAUGUAUAUUGUGAAUAGAACUUCCACUAGUUUUUUAGAUGGUAAGACUCCUGAGGAAGUAUGGUCAGGAAAACUAGCUGAUUAUACUGUCUUGAAGACUUUUGAAUGUGCGGCCUAUUCUCACCAAAGUUUAGGUAAAUUGGAGUCCAGGUCCCAGAAAUGUUUAUUCAUGGGAUAUCCUAAAGGGGUGAAAGGGUACAGACUUUGA